UUGUCUCUGCAGAGGAGCGCUACUCUGUCACUACUAUGUCUUCGGCUGUGCAAACAGCAGAACAUGGAACUGGAGGGAACCAGAGAAUACCGUGUCCGCUGUACGGCUGUAAGCGGGUCUACUCUGACAUGAGCUCUCUGGACGUACACGUCAAAGAUCAUGAGAUGCCAGCUCAGUCUCUUCCUGGGAAAGUGUUGCUGUGCUCCACUGUGGGCUGCAGCGGCUCCUUCCCUAACAUGCAGAAACUGAUGGAACAUAUGAGACAUCAUCACAAACCCAACAUAUUCUUCCUGUGUGAAAGCUGUCGCACAAAGCUGCGCUCCUACCGCGGCCUCCUCACUCACCUGCACACCUGCUCCAAGGUGACGCGGGGCAAAGCCAAGCCCGAGGCAACAAAUUCUCAAUCUGCCAACGUGACCCCCAUGACCUCCAUGGACCUCAACCCUGUACAGCUGGAUCACCAUCAGAUCCCACAACCAGAUGGUUCCUCCCCAGACUCUGCUGCCCCCCCUUCCCUGUUCAACCCAGAUGGCUCCUCUCCACAACUCACAGAAGCAGCUCUUCUGCAGCAUCAGCCUCAGUUUGAUAGAUCAACAGCAGCUCCUGGCCCCCCUGAUACCCAGGCUCAGCACCAUCCUGGACCACAAACCAGGACUCCUGAGUCUCUCCAUCCUGCUCCACCUUCAGCAUCGGCUCCUCAAUCUCCACCAGGGUCUGCAGCUACGUGGAAGAAGAGUCAAGGAAUGACCUGCAACAGACGCAUCCUCUGGGAGCACACGAAAGGCCGCUACACGUGCGUGCAGUGCGGUCACACGGCAACCAACCGCAAGGACAUGACUCAACAUAUCAGCUCUCAACACAGCAGUAACAAACCUGCAGAGGACACCAGGAGUCCUGUCACUAACACAUGAUGUGACAGCUUUAUUCAGAGCCAGCAGCAAUGGGUCAUAUUCUUUCCAUCCUUCCAUAAAGCACAUAUCAAAUAUGGUUUAAGUGGCUCACUGUCCUCCUGUUCUUAGUAUUGCCACUAUUCUUUUCAUACCUUUUGCACUAUUCAUGUCAUUUAUUUAAGCUUGAUCUUGUAAAAUUUAGUGCUAGAACUCAUUCAAUCUGUGAAAAUCAUUCAUUUUGGUCGCUGAAAUUCUCUUGCUGGUGCAGUCUCUGGUGUAAAGCAGAAUGUUUUGGCCUUAAAUGUUUGGUCAAAUUUAAAAAUCAUCUCAGGAGAACUGUUACAGCUUAACAUUCAGAUAUUAACAUGAAAAUCUUAUGAUGUAACUGCUUUAAAAUAAAUAAACU